AUGGCUUCUUCCCGUGCAGAUACAAAGAUUGUUGUCGUCGGGGGAGGCGGAACAAUCGGAUCUUCAACUGCACUGCAUCUCAUACGCUCUGGCUACACACCUUCCAACGUCACCGUGCUGGAUGUAUAUCCAAUUCCAUCCUCCCAAUCGGCAGGACAUGAUCUCAACAAAAUCAUGAGUAUCCGAUUGCGUAAUAAAUCCGAUUUGCAACUUUCGCUAGAGGCUCUUGACAUGUGGACGAAUGAUGAGUUGUUUAAACCCUUCUUUCACAAGGUCGGAAUGAUUGAUUGUUCUUCGUCUAAGGAGGGGAUUGAGAAUCUUCAAAAGAAGCUCCAAUCCCUUAUUGAUGUGAAUAUCGGACUGGAGAAGACGAAUACUUGGUUAAAUGAAGAUGAAAUCCUGAAGAAGGCGCCGUUCUUCACACCGGAUCAAGUCAAGGGAUGGAACGGCUUGUUCUGCAGUGAUGGAGGCUGGCUUGCUGCAGCCAAGGCCAUCAAUGCUAUAGGACAAUUCCUAAAAGAUCAAGGUGUCAACUUCGGAUUUGGCGGUGCCGGAACCUUUAAGCGGCCUCUGUUCACAGAGGAAAUGACGUGUAUUGGCGUUGAGACAGUCGAUGGAACGAAAUACUAUGCCGACAAGGUCGUCCUGGCUGCUGGUGCUUGGAGCUCAACAUUGGUUGAUCUAGAGGAUCAGUGUGUUUCCAAAGCCUGGGUCUACGCUCACAUCCAACUCACACCCCAAGAAGCUGCCGAGUACAAGAAUGCACCGGUAGUAUACGACGGUGAAUACGGAUUCUUCUUCGAGCCUAACGAGUACGGAGUUAUCAAAGUCUGCGAUGAGUUCCCCGGCUUUACUCGCUUUAAACAGCAUCAACCCUACGGUGCUGCUUCUCCCAAGCUGAUCUCCGUUCCUCGGUCUCACGCCAAACAUCCUACAGAUACAUAUCCCGACGCAUCUGAGGUGACCAUUCGAAAAGCAAUUGCGAGAUUCAUGCCACGGUUCAAGGAUAAAGAACUUUUUAAUCGGGCGAUGUGCUGGUGUACGGAUACUGCAGAUGCUAAUCUGUUGAUUUGUGAACAUCCGAAGUGGAAGAACUUUAUCUUGGCUACCGGUGACAGUGGCCAUUCCUUCAAAGUGUUGCCAAAUAUUGGCAAGCACGUUGUCGAGCUGAUCGAAGGAUGUCUAUCGCAAGAUAUGGCUGAUGCGUGGAGAUGGAGACCUGGUGGUGAUGCCCUCAAGUCUAGACGUGGUGCCCCUGCGAAGGAUCUAGCUGAUAUGCCGGGGUGGAAACAUGAUGCAAAGCUAUGA